AUGGAAAGUUUGACUUCAGAAUAAGCAACGCAAAGAAAUCAUUAAGAAGAGAUAAAGGACUUCUUCUUUGAAGCAUCACUUAAAGAGAUUGCCUCAAAAAUUAUUGAUGGUAUAUCUAAGCUUAAUUUUGAUUUUGAACGAUCAUCUUAGAGAUGGAUAUGGGAGUUAAUACAAAAUGCUAAAGAUUGCGCGAUUCCAGAUAAAAAGCUGUCAAUAGAGAUUGAGUGUCAAAAGAACUUCUUAGAGUUUAGACAUUCAGGAAGACCAUUUACAAUGAGAGAUUUGGUCUAUUUGACCCGCUAGACAUCUGGGAAAGAUAGAGAACGAAAAGAUCACAACGGAUUUUAACAAUAAUCUAAUUCUGAUCAGAAUAGAGUUUCUGACAAUUGCGGUAUUCAAGGUAGUAGUAUUGGUAAAUUUGGAACUGGAUUUCUAACUACACAUAUGCUAUCUAGAAUAAUUACUAUUUCAGGAUUAUUUCAAUGUAACUAAUCAUUGGAGAAUAAUGAUUUCCAGAAGUAGCUUAAGUACUUUAGAAUAGUUCUAGAUAGGUCAUCAGAUAACCUAAGUGAACUGAUUUCUUAGUACAAGAAGGUAGUCUAAAAGUUUUAAAUGAUAUAAAAUGAUGAUAAAGAAUAUCCAUUUGUUGAGGCUCAGAAUAGAGAAAAUUCCUGUGACACUAAAUUUAGAUUUAAACUAGAAUCAGCUGAUAGCCAAAGAGUAGCACAGAUAGGGCUUUAAAGUUUGAGAGACCAUGCGGGUCAAGUUCUAAUUUUCAACCCUUAAAUACAAUCCAUUAAAAUUGGAGAAGAAGUUUAUGAGAUUACUUAAAUUGAGAGAUUAAAUGAGUAUAUUCUAAAAGUCUAUGUAUAAGAGGGUCUGUAGUAAGUCUUCUACUUAUUGUGUGAAGACCAAGGAGUAUAAAUACUUGUGAAGUAUGAGAUUGAAGGAAUCAAUAAAAGAUUGCCUGAUAUAAAUUUAGGCGCUAAAAGCAUCUUUAAUAAUUUUCCAUUGAUAGCCAAUCAUGAUCUUAGACUUCCAUUCUAUUUGAAUUCAAGCAAUUUUAUUACGAAUGAAGAAAGAUCUGGCUUGAUUGUUGAGCAUGAUGACUCGGCUUUUGGUAAUCAAUUGCUUUUGAACUUAUCUAUUGAAAUUUAUGCAUCACUAAUGGAUUACUUGAUAGAUAAGUAAUAUCUAGACCUAUAUAAUCUUGCAUAUAUCCAUAUUUCAAAAGAGAACUAAAAUUAUGGAUUGUACAUGGAAAAUCUAAUAAAGCCGAUGAUAAUGAUGAUUAGGACUAAGAGAAUAUUCUUAGACCGCAACUCUUUCAAAGUCUCACCAAGUCAAAUCAUCGUUCCUGCAAUUCAUAAUCUAUACGAAUCACUCAAUUAAAACUCUCUGAUGGAGCUUUAUAAUCUUAUUGAUGAGCUCAAACAAUCAAAUUUAGUUGAGAAAAAUUAGAAAGUAAUCCAAACAAUACUGACUUUAAACUAAUCAUUAGAAGGGGUUUAGCUGCUAUAACCUUCAAAUAUUUAUGACAUUUCUCAGGUGCUUCAAAUAAUUUAAGAGGCAAGCACUAUAACUGACAUUGCUUACUCAAAUUUUAGUAACGAUAAAGCCAAGACAAUAAAUUGGUUAAAUGAUGUAUAUAGUUACAUUAAGAGGAACUGCACUCUAGAUAGAAUCAUUGCAAUUACAUCUCAUAAGAAAAUUUUUCCAAAUGAGCAUGGUGAAUUUCAUAAUAGUUAACAACUCUAUGAGAAUUUCGAUAUCGAAGACACAUAUGUAAAUAUUCUGUAAAGACUUGGACUAAAUUUAAAAAGCAAAUUUCUUCACAAAGAUAUCAAUCAAUAGUGUUUAGAUUUUAGAAAGUUAAGUUUCUGCGAUAUAGAAAAACUUAUAAUAGAAGUUUUAAAAGGUAAGCAGACAUGUAUUAAUGGGGAUCCUAGCUUUUGCUUAUCGCCUAAUGAUAAAAAUUAGUUUGAUAAAAUUUAAAAAGAAUUCUUCAGUCUGGUUCCGGAUAUUAAUAAACUUGAAAAAAUGAGUAAUGAAAAUUGGGUUGAUGCAGAUUAAUAAGAUGAAAAUAAAAAAAUUUAAGAAUUGAUCAAGUAUAGAAAGAGAUUAAUCAAUUUAGUCUAAAGUCUUAGAGACUUCAAGUUAUUAAGCAUAAAUGAGAUUUGUCUAGUUGAAAACUACUCUGAAAAGAUUUUUCAAUUGAUUGAUAAAAAUGUAUUUAAAAAGCUAAAUGAGUUUCUUGAAUAGCAAAGAACAGUUCAAUCUUUAGAGGCAGUUUUAAAAGGGAGAACUUCAAAAUGGAUAAGGGACUAUUACUAUUUGCUUUUUGAUUUUGCUAGAAGUAUUCCAGUAAAUGAAGAUACCACUUUGGAUUAAUACUCUUACCUUAAUCAAGAAGGAGAAUUCAUUAAAUACUCUUAGGUCCUUUAAAUUGAUACAACUUUUAAUGAGGAGGAAUAGAAAUUAUCUAAAAGUAAAGUUGAAAAGUUAAAGAAAAUAGUAAUCCUCAAAAUUCAACACAAGCUGAAGACUGUACUUUUAGAUAAAUCUCUCAAUAAAAUUGUCUUAUAAAACAAGAGACUAAUAAGUUUUGCUGAGUUCUCCCUAGAACAAUUAUCUAGCAAAGUAAUGAAAUAUCUUUGUAUGAUUAAUGAGAUAGCCGAGUUGAAAGAAUAAAAUUUGGAGAUUAUUGAAAUUUUUGAGGAUGUUUAUGAUAGUGCAAAAUAAAACUUGCUUUAGGACAUUUUAUUUUAAGGCUAUGAGAAAAUCAGAAGUGAUUUGAUAUUCUACUUAUACUCAAAGGGAAAGUUUAAGGAUCAUUUUAAUUAAAUAGUAAGUAAUAAGAAAACAGUUGAAAUAGUAGACUAAAUCUUUACAUUAUCUUAAGUACAGAUUGAACAAGUAAAUAACUACAUUCAAAAAUUGCAAAAGUGUAGUGCUCACGACUUCAAAUCUAAUGAUAAAUUGAAUAAUUUGAUGGAACUUGAUACUGAAGAUAAAACUGGAGAGAGAUCUGAUUCUGAUGAUGAAAGGUUUUUAUAAUAAAAGAAUAAGGGUGCUAAAGAAUUUACUUUUGGAAGUCAUUCAUAAAAUUAUAUUGAUGCUUAGUCAAUUUUCAAACCAAAUAUAAGUAAAAACUCAUUAAGAUCCAACUUUAGCAAAGUUGGAGUGCAAAAAGAUCAUUAAAAUGGGCACUACUCUCGAAGCAAAUAUGCUUGCACUUGUAGAGAUAUGAGACUUUAAGAAUGGCCAAAUAUUAGUUCUGCAUAGGAGUAUAUGAUACAAAAAAAUCUUCCUCUAUAAGAUAGAUAAUUCUGGGAAAUUUUCUUUGAAAAGAUCCCAAUAUAGUAACCAAUUCAGCCUGGUUACGUCUACAUCCUUUAAUAAUUAGACGAAGUUGGAACCGAUAUUUAUAAAGUUGGUUAUAGUGAGGAUGUUAACUUAAGAAUGGCAUAUCUCUACAAGAAUAAUAAUAAAGAAUAUGAAUUGAUUGAAAAGUAUGAGUCAAAAUAUUACAAGUUUUUUGAAGAUAUGAUAAAAAAGAGACUUGUUAGGUUUAAUAAUAGAAAAGAUAGUAAAGAAAAUGGAUACACUGAGUGGUAUAAGUUACCAAUAGAGCAACUAAAAAAUUACAUAAAAGAAAUUGCAAUUGCAAUCUAUGAGGUCCAUAAUGACGAUUCACUAAAAUCUAUAUUUGAUUAGAAAAAUUAAUCAAAAGUUAAUGAGGAAGAAAAAUAUAAUGAAAAGUAAGAGUUAUCAAAUGAGUAAUCAUAAUCUUUCUUGGAUUUAGAAGCUAAUUAUGUGGAAAAACCUCUGGAUCAUCAGAUAAUUGAAAAUGUAUUAAGCUAAACUAAUUUGGACUUAGAACUUUAAGACUUAAUUCAAGAGAAUGAAGAAAUGUAAGAGCCAAGCUAGCAAAAUUAAGAAUAAUAGUAAAACUAAUUAACUUAAGUCUACAAUUGUAGAUCAAUGAAUGAAAAUGUAUAAAUCAAAUAAGAAGAAGAGCUUGUUGAUCUUUCUAGCAUUGAUAUAGAAUUUUAAACUCUAAUUCUUUAGUAGUUUUCUCAAGAUAAUAGAUAUGCUUAAUCAAGCAUUCUUCUAGGCAAAAGACAACGAGAUCUUACAUCUGGCUAUAAUCAGGUCUCAACUUAGCUUGAUCAAAAAAGAUCCAGUCUUAAUUAAUUAGGUUGGGUAAAUUCAGAUAAAGAUAACAAUGAAGAAGCAAAAAAAUAGGUAGAUAAAAAGUAAAGUUUAAAUCAAAAUUAUUCAUGCAAAAAUAAUUCUAAAGCAAGAAAAAAUCAAAAUAACUCAUCUGAGAUUAAAUGGUGCAGAUAUAAAACUGGAUUGUAACUAUACUGUGCAGGUUGCGGUAAUAAUACCAAAUUUGAGAUAAAGCACUGUUCUGAUACUAUAAGAUGCUAAAAAUGCAGGUCAAAACGAAAAUGGUAUUGUAAGGACUGCUCUUUUUAUUAUAAAGACAAUAUCUCUUCUAAAUAAUGA